AUGUACUGACUCCUUUGUUGUUGUCUUCUUGGUGAUUUCUAUGUCUCGUAAAGCUGAUUCAGAGCAUACUCGUUGGAAAGUUCGCGCACUUACUAAUCGCCAGCGAAACAGAGCGACCAAGCCAUACGGGAUAUCAUCCGUAGGCGCGAGUAGCAACAGACGAACGGGUUUUAUUGGUCGAGUUGUGGACUUUUUGUCUCCAUCGUAUUGGUUGUCGAAAGUUCGCGCGCCUAGUGAACAACGUGGAGGAGACGAUGGGGGAGAGCGGGAAACAGGAAGACAAGCACAGAGCGACGAGACUGAGGAGAACAACGAUCCUGCAGAUGACAGCAGUUCGUAUGUACAAUCUGGAGAGCCAAAUGUUGUGAGCGAAAGACAGGGAGAAGACAAGUGUGAGGAAGCUGUUGUAGAAGAAGGAAGUCGUGAACAAGCGGCACAUGAAGCGCAUGCUGAGCGGCAGGACAUACACCGCAAAGGAUCGCAUAGUGAUGACCAAUUGGACAGCAAGAGAACCUCUGUUUCUGAGCAUCUCAGAACUCAAACUCAACCUGCUAUUCAACCUAACACUAGUCUUGAAAUGCAGCAAAAUGAUUACUUGAAGUCAGUGUCAAAGAGAAGCAGACCAAUGUUUUCCGUUGCAUCUUUUCAUUCUCCCACUUCGACUCGUAUUGCACAUCCUCCUUUCCAGUCUACUUUUUAUCCGGGCAAGACUAUGUUUGGUGGAUCAACAGCAGCACGAACAAUGACUUGCAAGCGUCUAAGACAGGAUGUAGAGCCAGCUGAACCAGUAAGGAAGAAAAUGAAGGCAAAGAAUGUUGUUAGCCAACCAUCAUCAGUUCAUAGUGAGACAGCCAAGAGAAUCUUGGACACAAUAGAUCGCAUGUCUUCUCCCUUGCAGGAUGCAAGAAGGAUUGCUAUGUCUUCUCCAUCAGUUGAGAAUGCAUCUCCUCUUUCAUUUUAUCCAACAACUGAACGUCCUCCGCCAGUCAGCCUAUUGGCUCACCAUCAAUUACCUCUGAGUUUUGUUACAACUUCUUCUGCAAACAUAUCUUCUCAUCUAACAAGUGCAUUUCCAACACCCCAGCAAUCACCAGAACCUCAAGAAGUGGCUAACAAGCAACCUUCUACUACCACUACUUGGUCAUUUUUGCCUGCUGUGUGUUCUGCAUCAGUUAUGACACCCAAAAAGUCUAUUUCUUUGCAAAUAGAGCCACGUCAGUCAGUGUUAUCACAUACAGAGACAACUAGCUCCGCAACAACACCGAAACAACUGGCUUACAGUGAUGCAUCUAGAGGAUCAAGCGGAGGCAAAAUGAGGGGUGAUCGGAAAAUUGUUCAUUACAAACGUCUGUCAUCCGGAGACGAAGAGAAUAUUGACCAACCUAAUCUUCCUGACAUUCCUCUUCCUAUAGGAAAUUCUUUGCCAGUGUUUGAUCUGGCACCAACAGUUCCAGCUUCUCUUUCACAGACAAUUCCUGCCUCCAGUAACUUCCAGUUCUCUCGGCCAUCAGUCAAAGCAGCAAAAUACCCAUCACAGGUUAUACCAUCUGGUACUAUUCACUUUUCUUUUAGCAAUCCGAAGUCUCCACGUGCUGAAACCACAGAAGGAGGCUGUGUUGUUCAGUCGUUAGUCACUAUCUCUAGCCAGUCAAACAUGGCCUCUCUUUCAGCUGCUGUGUUUACUAAACCUGCUUCAUGGCAGUGUGAAUCGUGUCUUGUCAGUAACUCUUCAUUUUCUUUGAAAUGCAAGGCAUGUGGGUUAUGCAAGAGUCAUAUUGACAAAGGUAUUUCACAAUCAAGAAAGAAUGUAUCAAGUUCGUUGUCUUCCAGUUCAUCUGACCAGCAGCUGACUGCUGCACUGUUUACUAAACCUAAUUCUUGGACAUGUGAGAAAUGUAUGGUACGUAAUCCUUCUAACAUAGAUACAUGCAAGGCGUGCCAAGCCUUGCGACCAACUUGUGACGAGAAGUUCCAUGCUCUUGAUAAAAUGACGACAAGGAAGGUGGUGGCCACGUCAGCAUCAACUGACAUACCAUCAUCAUCUUUGGAAAGCUCAGUUUUAGGAUUUAACACAUCUCAUCAAUUGACAAGUGCAGUGUGUACAAAACCCAAUACAUGGCAGUGUAACAAGUGUUCGAGUUCUAAUCCAUCUGAUGUCACUAAGUGUACAACAUGUCAAUCACCAAAGCCUGCAUGUACUACCAAAUCAACAGCUGCCACAGCUCCUCUGACUGCUGCAAUGUUUACUAAACCCAACUCAUGGAAGUGCAACAUGUGCUUUAUAUCUAAUCCACCAGACUCCAUGAAGUGUAAAGCUUGUGAGACAUCCAAACCAGGAAAUACGACUAAUCCAGCAUCUGUAGCAGCUCCUCUGACUGCUGCAAUGUUUAGUAAACCCAACUCAUGGAAGUGCAACACGUGCUUUAUAUCUAAUCCUCCAGAUGCCAUGAAAUGUAAAGCUUGUGAGACAUCCAAACCAGGAAAUACGACUAAUCCAGCAUCUGUAGCAGCUCCUCUGACUGCUGCAAUGUUUAGUAAACCCAACUCAUGGAAGUGCAACACGUGCUUUAUAUCUAAUCCUCCAGAUGCCAUGAAAUGUAAAGCUUGUGAGACAUCCAAACCGGGAAAUACAACUAAUCCAGCAUCUGUAGCAGCUCCUCUGACUGCUGAAGGUCAGUGUAAAGAAGUGAAAUUACCAAUAAGUCAACCAAGUGAUGUAAAAAAGCAACCGAAGCUGUUAACACAAGGAUUCAAGUUGACUGGAAGUCUGGUUGGAAAGUCAACAUCAACUGAUUCUUCUGCUAUUGGCAGCUCAUCUAAUGGAUUCAAACUGUCCUCAUCUCUUUUGCCAUCUACUAAAGGACUAGGAGCUGGAUUUGAUGGCAUUCCUUGUGGAAAUUACAAAAUUUCAUCAGCUUCAUCAUUUGGUGAAGGUGGUUUCAAAUUAGUUUCAAGCUCGUCUGUGAGCAAGAAAUGUGACACCAGUGAAUUGAAAGGAUGGAAACUACCUAAGGAAAUACAAGAGUCGUCAUCACAGUCAGUGUCAUGUACAGCUAAGUUUGGUGCGAGUAGUCAAUCGGAAAUUACAGAUUCUAGAAAUAAGGAAACUAACAGUGGAUUCUGCAUUGUUGGAACAAACAUCCCAUCGCUGCCAUCAGACCGAACGUUUCGAACAACAACACCUUCAGUUGGAUCAGAACUGCAAACUUCAGGGACUUUGAUCCAUCCGCAUCAUGAUAGCGAGAAGUUGUUUACGAAUAAACCAUUAACCAUUGCUGAAUUGGCUGCCAGUGGUCAGCUUACAGUGCAGUCUGCAGUGGAAGAACAUCAAGAGACAACGAGUAAACAGGCAUUAGAUAGAAUUGAAGGCAGCAAAUCUGAGUCAAAAACAACAGAUGGUGCUAUUUCUGAAAGUAAACAGAGUGCAGGAAAAGAGAUUCACUUUCUGCAGAAUGUCUCAACAUCUGAAUCAAAUGCUGCAAAACAAGGUUUAGAAGCAUCAACUAUACAAAGUGAGUCACGUGGGAAAGGCUUUCAGCUCCUCGUUCCACCAGUUCUAGCAAAGUCUACUGACUUGCCUACUACUUGCUCUUCUGGAUCGAAUGUGCAUGUUAGUGAGUCAAAUAGUGGUCAGUUGGGUAGAUCUCCAAUAGUCACUAAUCAAUCAGAUGUUUUCAAACAGCAAGUUAAUCAGACAGUGAAUAUGAACUCUGAUCUAUUUGUUUCUUCUGAUAAAACUAAAAGGACGUCAUCAGGACUGAUUGGCAGCUUUAAUCAGUCGAGAUUUACUUUAAACACAGACUCGAAGUCUGUAGUUGCCUUUGGGAAUAAUGAAAUGUCUGACUUCUCUCGCACUGGGCCAUUCACUCUGUCAGGAAAUAUACAGAGUAAAUCAGUCGGUUCUUCAACAAAUAAUCAGCUGCGUGAAGUGUUUCAAAGUCAAGUUCAAUCAAGAGAAGAGUCAAGUACAAAUGAGACAAGUCAAUCAUUGCAGUUUCCUACUCCAGGCAGCUCUCAACAAGCAACCAGGCAAGAAAGUCUCCAGCAAAAGCCAACUUUCAACUUUGGAGUGCAGCAGCAAGGCUCUCAAGAGCAACAAGCAAAGAGUCGAGAGAGUUUUCAGCAAAAGCCAACUUUCAGCUUUGGAGUGCAGCAGCAAAGUUCUCAAGAGCAACAAGCAAGCAGUCAAGAGAGUCUUCAGCGACCAACUUUUAACUUUGGAGUGCAGCAGCAAACUUCGAGAGAGCGACAAGCAAACAGUCAAGAGAGUCAGCAAAAACCAACUUUCAAAUUUGGACUGCAGCGGGAAGGCUCUCAAGAGCGAUCUUUAUCGCUGUUUGGAGGUGUCAGUGGUUCUAAUAUACAGCCUUCUGGCUCACAGCAGGAUGCUACUUUUAGUAGCAAACCCAGCUUUUCUUUACAACCAGGAGCAGACAAGAACCAGGAGAGACCCAUAUUUGGAACUAUGGACCUUAGAACAGCCUCCAUGCCUUCUUCACUGCAGAUUGGACAGCAGAAACAGAGUUCUAUGUUAGGGCAGCCCUCAGCUUUGUCUACUACAAUGCAACCAUUUCAAUUUGGAAUGAACCAGACGCAAAGCCAUCCCACUUUUCGAUUUGGAAGUCAAAGUGGAACAUCUCUUCUCCCUGCUAGUAGUUCAUCAUCAGGACUAUUGUCUAACAAUCCUUUCAGAUUUCCACAACCUGGAGCUGGUGGUGAUGCUCCUGAUCAGGCAGUAGGUAUGGUUGAUGUAUCAUCUGGGUUAUCUGAUCAGCAACAAAGUGGUGGAUAUGAUUUCUCAAGCUCUUUGCAAUCAUCUGGCAGUUUUACAUUUGGGGGAGAUAGCAGUGUAGUGCCUACUCCUUUUGCCAACCAAUCUGCUUCUAUUUCUAAUAUGCCAUCCAGACUUGGUGGGCGUAAAACAAAGACAGCAGUGCGGAGAGUACCAAAAAAACGAUAAGUUUAUAACAAUAUCUAAGGAUUGAACUGUGGAAAUGACACACCUGCUACACUGACAUGGACUUUUACCAUAUGGGAAUUGGUUGCGUAUUGUACAGCUUUUCAUGACAGACUGCUACUGAAGAACUAUUAUUGCUCCUUACUGAAUUUGUGACUUUUGUGACUUUUGAGUGUUACAUACCAUCUCAUUGACUUCUGAAUGUUCUGUUGUUAAUAGCAAGACUUUUUACUGAAACAAAAUAUAUAUACAACACAGGGCAAGCAAGCACUAUGUGCUGUUUCUCAUAAGCU